UAGCAGUAUUUUAAAAUCAAUUAUUUUGUCAUUCAUCGUCUAAAAGCUAACACCAUUGAAAUAAUAUAAGAACUAGUACUUUAAGAAUCUUUCAAUAAUGAAGAAUUUGCCUAAUUUGUAAGAUAGAUCCCCUGGAGGUUAGCAACUCCAGUCUCAAGAUGCUUAAUCCAUCCUCAUCACUUAAACUGUAUAGGCCAUGAAUACCUACUAUUAUAUUUAGUAUUGAACCAGAUGUCACAAUUCAAACCAAAUGUGCUUACAGAAAAUGGUAGUGUUGCACCAAAAGGAGAGAGGAUUUUGAAUUUCCUGCCACUUGUAUGUAUCUUUUUCCCCACAAAUAUCUCAUCAACAGGAAGAGUAGACACAGAAGUCAUGAGGAGAGAUGUUGACACAUAGGGAAAGUGUGUGGCCAAAUUGAGAAGAAUAGAGCAUAUACACAGGAAGGACUCUGAAACAAGCAAAAAAAAAAAAAUCACAAUGUCUUCUACACAAUCUGAAUACAUUAUUGGUGGAGUGAAGAUUCACUUCCCUUGUAAAGCUUAUCCAUCACAGCUUGCUAUGAUGAAUUCUAUUGUUAGAGGAUUGAACAGUAAACAACAUUGUUUGUUGGAGAGCCCCACAGGAAGUGGGAAAAGCUUGGCCUUACUUUGUUCUGCUUUGGCAUGGCAGCAAUCUCUCAGUGAAAAGCCAGGAGAGGAGAACUUGAAUAAAAAGACUGAAGUACCCUUGCCAUGUUAUUGUACAUGUCAUUUGCACAACCCCACUAAUGAUAUCAGUGUUAAUGUGAACCAAGGAGCUUCAUGUUCUUUCACCAGUCCAAUCAUGGCAUCUUCCAUGAAAAAUGAAACCUCAGCUUGCCAAGAAGAUUCUACUCCAAAAAUCACGCUAGCUGCAAAAUUAUCUGCCAAGAAACAGGCAUCUUUGCUUAGUGAUGAAAAGGAUGAUUUUCAAGUAGACAAGAAAAGGAUUCGUCCCUUAGAAACCAAGCAGCAGGUUAGAAAGCGUUCUUGCUUUGCAAAGGAUAUAUGGGAUUUAGAUACAAAAGUUGUACCAGAAAGGAUUGUGAAGCCAAAUUCUCCCGUGGGAAAAAAGAUAACCUUUUCUCCACAAAAGAUUCUUGGUCCUUGUACUCGCUGUUCCUGUUCCACUAAAAGUGAGAAAAGUAAAGAUGAUGAUAAUAUAACGAAGAAAGAACAUGGGGGAAUAUGCAAGACACCUAAAAUAUUUUUUGGGACUCGUACACAUAAACAGAUAGCUCAGAUUACUAGAGAACUGCGGAGGACAGCAUAUUCUGGGGUCCGAAUGACUAUUCUUUCUAGCAGGGAUCAUACUUGUGUCCAUCCUGAAGUAAUCGGUAAUUUCAACAGGAAUGAAAAAUGUAUGGAGCUGAUGGAUGGAAAAAAUGGUAAAUCCUGUUAUUUCAAUCACGGUGUCCAUAAAAUUAGUGAACAACAUGUUCUACAGACUUUACUAGGGAUGCACAGGGCCUGGGAUAUAGAAGAUCUUGUGGGCCUGGGAAAAAAGCUAAAGGCCUGUCCAUAUUAUGCAGCUAGAGAACUAAUGCAAGAUGCUGACAUUGUGUUCUGUCCCUACAACUAUCUCCUAGAUUCACAAAUAAGGGAAAGUAUGGAUAUCAAUCUGAAAGAGCAGAUCAUCAUUUUAGAUGAAGCCCAUAAUAUUGAGGAAUGCGCACGUGAGUCAGCCAGUUACAGUGUUACAGAAGUCCAACUUAGGUUUGCCCGAGAUGAAUUAGAUAUCAUGGUCAGCAAUAAUAUAAGGAAGAAAAAUCAUGAACCCCUUCGAGCUGUGUGCUAUAGCCUCAUAAAUUGGUUACAGGAAAAUGCUGAACAUCUUGAAGAAAGAGAUUAUGAAUCAUCCUAUAAAGUGUGGAGUGGAAACGAAAUGAUCUCUCACUUCUACAAAAUGGGCAUAACUGCUGCUACCUUUUCAGUAUUACAGGGUCAUUUUACUGCUGUGCUUCAAAAAGAAGAAAAAAUCACAUCACAUAAUGGUAAAGAGCAAGUCAGAGAAAUACCUAUUGUUAGUCCUUCGACUCAGAUUAUGCUCAAAGGACUUUUUAUGGUACUGGACUAUCUUUUUAGGCAGAAUAGCAGGUUUGCAGAUGAUUACAAAGUUGCUAUACAGCAAACUUACUCUUGGACAAGCCAGAAUGAUAUUCCAGAUAAAAAUGGUUUCUUUGUUUUACCUAAAAAUAAGAAACGUUCUAGGCAAAAAAUGGCAGUCAAUGUGCUAAAUUUUUGGUGCUUGAAUCCAGCUGUGGCCUUUUCUGAUAUUACAUGUAAUAUACGCACAAUUGUUCUGACAUCUGGUACUCUGUCACCAAUGAAAUCUUUUUCAUCUGAACUUGGUGUGACAUUUGCUAUCCAACUAGAGGCUAAUCAUGUCAUUCAGAACUCACAGGUUUGGGUUGGCACUAUUGGGUCAGGUCCCAAAGGGCGGAAUCUCUGUGCCACCUUCCAGCACACAGAGACCUUUGCAUUCCAAGAUGAAGUUGGAGCGCUUCUUUUGUCUGUGUGCCAAACAGUGGGCCAAGGAAUUUUGUGCUUCUUGCCAUCUUACAAGUUACUGGACAAAUUAAAAGAACGUUGGAUACAUACUGGUUUAUGGCAUAACCUUGAGCUAGUGAAAACAGUCAUUACGGAACCACAAAGGGGAGAGAAAGUUAUAUUUGAUGAAGUGUUACAAGUGUACUAUGAUGCGAUCAAGUGUAAAGGAGACCGAGAUGGUGCCCUCCUUAUAGCAGUUUGCCGAGGUAAAGUGAGUGAGGGACUGGAUUUCUCAGAUGAGAAUGCUCGUGCUGUCAUAACUAUAGGGAUCCCAUUUCCAAAAGUGAACGAUCUUCAGGUUGAAUUAAAGAGAAAAUACAAUGACCAACAUUCAAAACGAGGUCUUUUACCCGGCCGCCAGUGGUAUGAAAUUCAAGCUUAUAGAGCCCUGAACCAGGCACUUGGCAGGUGUAUUCGGCACAAAAAUGAUUGGGGAGCUCUUAUUUUAGUUGAUGAUCGCUUCAGAAGCAACCCAGAUCGAUAUAUAUCUGGUCUUUCCAAAUGGGUUCGUCAACAGAUUAAGCACCAUUCAACCUUUGAAAGUGCACUGGAGUCCUUGGCUGCAUUUUCUAAAAAGCAUCAAAAAAUCAUUGAUGUGUCAUCUUCAGAUAAUAAUGAAUCUGUGCAAGAAGUAGCAUCUUUAAAGGAUGAGUCCUCGACAUCUUUAUUAGAAUCAACAGUUCACCUAUCACCAAAUGUUCUUCAAAAAGAUGAAAGGAAGCCUUUUGUCCAGGAACUUCAGGCUCCUAGAACGAUGGCGGUGGAAUUCAAACUACAUAGUCACCUGUGUAACAUCAUCACAGCCCAGAAUAAAAAUGAUUCAUUAUUUUUGGAAGAUUCUCCCCAGAAAAUAAAGAGGGAAAAUUUUUUAAUAUCCAGAUCCACAAGUCCAACCUUUAAUAAACAAACAGAAAGGAAUAGCUGUCCUGAAUCUAACUCUGGGAAGAAAUAUUUUAGCCCCAAGUCACUGACUUCCACACCUCUGCACAGAUUUCCAAAGAAUGAUGACUUCAGUACUUUCCCUUCCAAAAAGGAAAAGAGGGAAAGUACAGUUGAACUGUCUCUCACCAAUAGAGGCCAGUCCUCUUCCUUGUCAGGCCCACAAUCAGAAACAAUCACUUCAUUGUUAAAAAGGACUAAUGCUGAUAGUAAAAAAUAUCCUGCUGAACAGUUUCUCUGCCCUGAAGAAGCUCUGGAUAAAGACAUUGAUCUGAGUCCUAUACAUGGAGAAGCUGGAUUUUCCAAAGUAAAUGAAGAUAUUGAAUCAAAAGAAGAGGAUGAAUCUAUCUUUUUCACACCAGAACUUUAUGAUGAUGCAGAAUCCAAUGCAGAAGAAAAUGAAGAGCUACUUGAAAAUGGUGGAAUAAAUCAAAGGACUGAGAAUUCAAAUUACGUUAUAGCAGAAAAUCUUUUGGAAAUUGAUUGCACCAAAGGAAUGGGUUCAGAUUACACAGACAUGUGGUUGAUUAGAAACAUGCAAAAUGAAGAAUAUAAAGUUGACAACCUUAGUAAUAAUGUAAAGGUGGCAAAUAUAUGUGAACAAGAGCUGCAAAGGACUCAGGAAAUGGACCCUAUAGGACUGAAAGUAUUUAGAGCACGCAGACAAAGGACUUGGAAAGCUGUCCAUUGGAGAAAGGGCUUCAUUCAUGGAACUAAUGAAGGAAGGAAGGACAAAAGUAACCAGCUUUGCAAGUCAGGACUUUGCUGUAUUGCUUGUGGAGCAGAAUUAUUACCCACAGUGAAAGGAAUUCUAAAAAAAGCUUUUUCCAGAAAUGCUGAACUGAUAAAAAUCCAGAAACUCUUCUUCAAUGUUGAAGUCAGUGUCAUAGAAUCCGUUUGUCAGUGCUCAAAUGAAUUAGGUGGCAGGAAGGAAGAAGAAAAUAUGCUCUAUGUCAUCAGUGAUAGUGCUGCUCUUAGCCAUUUAAAAAAUACCUUAACAGUUUUUCAGACUACAGUGAAGAAUGAAGGAAAGGAGACAGGUUUAUCUUUAAAUGCCAUCUGGAAUAUGAAGGAAUGUUCUUUAACCAGCUACUUACAGUGUAGAAACUGUAUCAACCAGUCUCUUUUCCCAUGUCCUUUAAUAGGGGCUGAAAUAAUUGACCCUAGAUACAGUGCUGAACCCAGGGUCUGGCUGCUGCCCUCAGCAGUGCAUUGCUGCCUGUGGUUCCCCAAAUCUCUCGUCUUCACCAAGACUAGGAAGUUCCAGGGAAACACUCUUCAAAGUCAUCAGGGGCCUUGUGAGCUGGUGGAAGAAAUGGGUCAGAGACAGGAUUCUGGAAGAUCAUCCCUGGGAGAACCAUGUUUUUCUGCAUGAGAUCAUUUGGAGUCCAAAUUGAGUACUUGAAGAGUAAGGUCCUUUCUGUAAAUAAGAGAAAGCAUGUGUCUCCAUAUGAUCCUAGCUGUAGCAAGGUCAUUUUUGAGCUGGUCUGACUCUAUUUGUCUUAGGAAAUCUCCCAAACUUUUAUAGGGAAUUCGGAAAAUAUUUUUGGCCAACAGGAAAGAGAAAAUCCCGCAGCACAAAGUACAGACAUGGGCCCAGAAACUGAACAGACAGACUGCUGUAAACCCACCGUUUAAUAAGGCAUUAAAAUGCCAUCGACCUGGACACAUUUUUUUAAAGAGCUAUGAAAAUAAAUGCCAUUCAAAUAAUUAGGAUCUUAUGCUUCAGCCCUGCUUCCAUUGGUGAUCAGAGAUUUUCUCUCAGGAAUCAGAUCUGAGUCAGAUGUUCCAAAGAGGUCGUCAAGGAUCUAAACCAGCCUUCUGCGGAUGGGCCAUCAUUCAGGAUGGUCCCCUGUGCAUCUCCCAAGUGCAAAUUACUCUGCAUCAAGAAAUUCUGUCUCCCUGGACAAUAUUUUGGGACACUUGGCAUUUGGACGUUACCAAAGUAGCCUGUCAGCUUGCCAUCCUCUUAAGUAGCAGCCUUUGUGCCAAGUGGGCAAGCUCAUUAGGACCCUUGCUUUUGCCAACACCAUUUAAAGGAGAAGAGGGAGCAGAGAAGAAAGCAGACGUAGCAGCUUCGGACUCGUUGCUCCAAAAAGAAGCAAUGAGUCAUUUGAAAGCCUACGCAAAAGCAUAAAUAGGCCCCAAAUUGGGUGGAGAGCUGAAGUGGGAGGAUUUGUUUGCAAACAUAGCUGCAGGGUAGAAAGAUGUCUUUUCACCAGUUACAGCCGAAAUGAGGAAGCUGCCUCCCAGCUAUUUCCUGCCCCUGGAGCAUUUGAAUUUUCGCAGGAAAAGAGUACAGCAGUCACUUCAUUCCACCCCUGGGUAGUUAAAAUUGGGUAAAAGUUGCCACUUUCUAACUCUUUGUUUGCUCAGCUUCUAACGGCUCCAAAGUACUCAGACUACAGCAACUUGGAACAUAAAUUACUGAUUUGUCUUCUCUUUAUUGGUAAGGUAAAAAAAAAAAAAAAUCAUUUUCUUGGAAACUAUGAAAUGUUGAUUCACUGGGUAUAAAAUAAAGAACUUGAACCGGGA